CGCAGGCGCGGGACGGGGAGGAGCGCCGCGGGCCGGCCGGCAGUUCUGGGGGCACAGGCCGCGCAGGGCUGGUGGAGGCGCGGAGUCGUCCCAAUGGCCGCCGUGCCGGAGCCCGACGAGCCCGCGAAGCGGAAGCCUUUUAAGCUCCUAGGAAUUUUAGAUGUUGAAAAUAUUCCCUGCGCCCGGGAUUCAGUACUGUAUGGUUCAUUAGGAUCUGUUGUGGCUGGCUUUGGACAUUUUUUGUUAACUAGUAGAAUUAGAAGAUCAUGUGAUGUUGGAGUAGGAGGAUUUAUCUUGGUGACUUUGGGAUGCUGGUUUCAUUGUAGGUAUAAUUAUGCAAAGCAAAAAAUCCAGCAAAGAAUUACCAGACAAGGAAUGAAAAAUAAGUUAUUAUAUGAAGGUACCCACCUCGAUCCUGAAAGAAAACAAAACAACCGUAACAGCAGCAAUUGAACAACCUUGAGCAUAGAAAACCAGACUCCCUGAAGUCAAUGUGAAUGCAGCUAAGAUCAACCACAUAAAACAGUUCAUGUACAAUAAGCUCUCAAUCAAGUAAAUAAAGUUUGUUUAAGUUGCAGUCAUUUUCUUCCCACCCUUGUAUGGAAUGAAAGCUUGGCGAUUAAUUCUGGCCCUGUAUCUACUGCCAGUGUAGGACUAUCACAUCUUACAUAUAGUGGACUUCUCAUACUUAAAACGUGAACAGAAUCUAUUGGCAGUGGGGCCAAUAAAAACGUAGUGU